GGCACAGAGGGAGCAGGGCAGCCAAGUCCCCAUCGCCCGCUGCCACCGCGCCAGGUAGACUCUGUAGACUCAGCUCUCACAGGCACAGGCUUUGAUCCGGCGCGGCUUUGGAUCCUGCCUCCUCACCUGCAAGGCGACGCGCAUAUCUCAGGUGCCAGUGCUGGUGUCUCUGAAGUGUCCGUGGUUUAGGCUGGGCGGCUCCCUAGGCACGUACGUCACCUGUUUGACAGCCUCCUACUAAAUCAGAGAGCAGCAAGAGCCAGGAGCCUCGCGCGCGCGUCGCUGGCAGCUCCAGCGGAUUAGAACUCGCCUCCUUGCUCCUCCCUGAAGUCCCAUUUAAAGUUAAGUCUGGCUUUAAGAAAAAGCUGAGUGGGCCUAGUUUCUGCAGCGCUUUCUUCUGCAAUAUGAACACCAUUCUGCCUUGCCAAGAUCAGUAUUUUGUAGGAGGCCAGAGUUAUAAUUGCCCGUAUUCCACUACAACCUCAGAAUCUGGUGUUGACGUUUCCAAGGAGACUUGGGUCUCUUUCUGGGCUGCUGGUCUCCUGGACGACACUGAGCUCCAGCAAGCACCACAAGUGCUGGAAUCGCCCUCUGAGUUAAGUUUCCCUGUUCUGGACUCAUGUUCAUGGGAAGAGGCUCAGCUCUCAUCUCAGCUCUACAGAAAUAAACAGCUCCAGGAUACUCUACUGCAGAAGGAGGAAGAACUUGCUAGGCUACAUGAAGAGAAUAAUCACCUCAGACAAUACCUGAAUUCUACUUUGGUUAAACGUCUGGAAGAGAAGGCCAAGAAGUUGCUGUCAUCAGAUGAGUUUUCCAAAGUGUUUGGAAAACUCAGAAAAGAGAAGAGGAAAUCCAAAGAACACAGACAGUCCCCUGCUGAGAUUCCCCAGUUCAAAACUGCCAAGAGAAACCUCUCCUCAGAGUUUUCUAACCGUGAGGAACAACCUGGGCCCCAUGUGGACCCCUGGGUUCUUCAAACCCUUGGGUUAAAAGACCUCAACACCAUUGAUGACACUCUACCAGCUAACUACAGUGCCACCGCCUCUCAUCCCAGAGCAGUUCCCAGUGUUUCCUCUCAGUUUGUACAUGAUGCAAAUGGCUAUGCAAAUGUCCCCAGAGAUCUCCACUUCAACUAUGUAGGUCAGGGAACACAUGGCUCACAUACCACCUCCAUCCACCAGGAAGAUUGUCACAGUUUUCCUAGGCUUUCUAAUCCUCCAGUGAAGGUGCAGACUCUUCCUUACCACACUGCAGAUGUGUCACCCAACAAGACAGAGGUGGCCUUUUCCACAUCUUUGAGCCCUCACUGUAAUGUGAAAACUCACUCCUUCCACCAGGGACAAGCCUUUGUGCGUCGAGAUGAGGAAGGAGGUUGGAAAUUUACCUGGGUUCCUAAGCAGACCUAGUGACUCCUUUCUUCUAUCACAGAAUACUGCCAGGACUUCUGUCUGUAAAGACCUCUUGCAUGUGGACUUGACCAUUGAUAACACAGCAGCUCUCGCCUGCCUCCUGCUACUGCCAGUGUUCCUUUAGGUUACACACAUAAACUUGCAGGGUAUCGUUGUCAAUAAACCACACUGAUAGGGAUCUGUUCUUCCUUUAUUCAUUCUUGACGUGUUUACAGGUUCAUACCUGCCAUUGGCUUUCUCUCAUUGUCUGAGGCCUGUAAAUAUAUUUUCUAAUUUCCUGUAUAGUUUUUCAAGACAAAACUGUCCUUUUUGAGUUAUGGACUGUUUAACAGCAUAUCAUUUUCCAUCAGAUUGUCUAAACAUGGCUUCUAUUCCUCCUCUGCUUGUCUUUGUGUCUGUGUCUGAAGAUGACCCUUAGAAUGAGUCCCAAUUCUAUUUCACAUACUUGCUACUGGAUAUCCACAGAUGGGGCUUCUGCCCUUUAGCACUACUGAAGACGCAGGGUCAAUAUAAGUAACAUUCUGUUCAUGCUUCCAUGAAUGUUCAAAUAAUUAAAUGUCCCAUGGUAAUGUUGUCAAAGUAUCUCUUAAACAAAGCUAACCUCACCUAUAAGCAAUACCAAUGACAAACUAUAGCAGUCAAAAGAACUACUUUUAUCUAUUGUAAUGUGUCAUGUGUUACAGUAAUCUCUAUUGGUACCUGACAUUGUUUCUUUGAGCACUAUCAUGCAACAUUUUUUGAGGGACUUGAAUUAAAAUAAAGAAAAGGAAAGGUUUUCUGGACUACACCAAGCUGACAUCCAUUUCACUGGAACUGAAGUCUUGCUUAGUUUUGACAUUGUCUUAUCCUUGUUCAUCCUCCAUUCUGCAUUCCAUUAAAACAUGUAUAGAAUACUUAGUAUCCAUGUCAUACAAGGUAAGAUAACAUAUGUCCCAAGACCUACACAAGUGCACAAGUUAACCUUCUCAAAGCUAUGUCAUUUGUGUGAAGGUUCAGUUUUUCUGACUCUAGAAUAUAGGCGUUAGGCUAGGAAACCACUAGCAUUCUGAGUGGAGUGUGGGUUGCAUUUGCUUUAGUCCAAAAUGACAUCCCAUUCUAUUCUUCCUUUUAACUUUGAUAAGUGAUGCAGAUAUUAUGUAGGGUGAAACUUAUAUACAACC